AUGAGCAAACACUCCAGACACCGUAAAUCCUCGUCGUCAGAAGACAGCAGCGAAGAAGAUGAAGAGCGUCGGCGGGAUCUUAAGGAGCGCGAUGAAUUUGCGAAACGAUUAAAGCAACGAGACGAAGGCCAAACGCGCAAUGUUGCAUCGUCUUCCGGCAACAGAGGCUAUGCGGAUGCUGCCAAACGGCUCAAACUCGAAACGGAAGACCGAGAAAAGCUGCUACCACAGCUGCGCGUCCAAUCGCGUCGACAGUACCUGGAGAAGCGCAAAGAAGAUAAGGUUGCGGAACUCGAGGCGGAUAUUCGGGAUGAUGAGUAUUUGUUUCCGGAUGCCGAGAUUACCGAGCGAGAGCGACGGGAUCGAGAGUACAAGAAAAAUUUACUUCAAAUCGCACGGGAACAUGACAAAGCCCGAGAACUGGAGCGCGUACAGCGCUAUCGUAUGCCGAAAGAUGUUAAGAAAGGUGAAAUGGAGGAGUAUGUCGAGGUGGACGAACGGGAACGUAUGCCCCACUCGGAGCAGAAAAAAUGGGAAGCGGAACAACUCGCUUCGGCAGUGUACAAGUUUGGAUCGAAGGAUGCCAAAGAACGGGCUGCCCAGCAGGAAGAGUAUGAGCUGCUUCUCGACGAGCAGAUCGAUUUUAUCCAAGCCCUGCAAAUGGGUGGUACGAAGGAAAAGGACGGCAAACGUGAGAUUAGUGAAGCAGAGAAGAAAAAGAUGACCAUAGAAGAAACGCAAAAGUCGCUUCCUAUCUAUCCGUUCAAGGAGGAUUUAAUUGCGGCCAUCAAUGAGCAUCAAAUUCUGAUCAUUGAAGGUGAGACUGGUUCGGGCAAAACGACACAGAUCCCCCAAUACCUGUACGAGGCAGGGUUUACGAACGAUGGUAAAAAGAUCGGAUGCACCCAGCCUCGGCGUGUUGCGGCCAUGUCGGUGGCUGCCCGCGUUGCCGAGGAAAUGAGUGUCAAGCUGGGAAAUGAAGUUGGCUACAGCAUUCGAUUUGAGGACUGUACCACGGAACGUACCGUCAUAAAGUACAUGACGGACGGUACGCUUCAUCGCGAGUUCCUUUCCGAGCCCGAUCUGGCAACGUACCGAGUUAUGAUCAUUGAUGAGGCUCACGAGCGCACACUGCACACGGACAUUCUGUUUGGUUUGGUGAAAGAUAUUGCUCGCUUUCGGAAGGAUCUGAAGCUGCUUAUAUCCAGUGCGACAUUGGAUGCGGAGAAGUUUUCCGAUUUUUUCGAUAAAGCUCCUAUUUUUCGAAUUCCCGGCCGACGCUAUCCGGUCGACAUAUUUUACACGAAAGCUCCCGAAGCUGAUUACAUUGACGCUUGCGUAGUUUCCGUGCUGCAAAUACACGCCACACAGCCACUGGGCGAUAUUUUAGUCUUUUUAACUGGUCAGGAAGAAAUUGAAGCCUGCCAGGAGAUGCUGCAAGAUCGCGUUAAGCGUUUGGGGUCGAAGCUAAAAGAAUUAAUCAUUCUACCCAUUUACGCCAAUCUGCCCUCCGAUAUGCAGGCCAAAAUCUUCGAACCCACUCCACCCAACGCCCGGAAAGUGAUUCUGGCCACCAACAUUGCCGAAACGUCACUUACGAUCGAUAAUAUCAUCUACGUGAUUGAUCCCGGCUUUGCAAAGCAGAACAAUUUUAACUCUCGCACAGGAAUGGAAACACUGCUGGUGGUUCCAAUUUCCAAGGCAUCCGCCAAUCAACGAGCCGGUCGUGCAGGGCGAGUUGCGCCUGGAAAAUGCUUCCGACUUUAUACGGCCUGGGCUUACAACAAUGAGCUGGAAGAUAACACUGUGCCCGAAAUUCAGCGUAUCAAUCUGGGGAAUGCUGUACUAAUGUUGAAGACGCUUGGAAUCCACGACUUAUUACACUUCGACUUUCUGGAUCCUCCACCACACCAAACGUUAAUUCUGGCCUUGGAACAGCUGUACGCACUCGGUGCACUGAAUCACCACGGAGAGCUGACGAAGCUGGGACGACGAAUGGCCGAAUUCCCGGUCGAUCCAAUGAUGGGGAAAAUGUUGCUUGCUAGCGAAAAGUACAAAUGUUCCGAAGAGAUAGUGACGAUUGCUGCCAUGCUAUCGGUGAAUGGAGCGAUAUUUUACCGCCCGAAGGAUAAAAUUAUUCACGCAGAUACGGCGCGUAAAAACUUUAACCACCAGAACGGUGAUCACCUGAGUCUGAUGCAGGUGUAUAACCAAUGGGUCGAAUCGGACUACAGUAUGCAGUGGUGCUAUGAGAAUUUUAUCCAGUAUCGUUCGAUGAAACGUGCGCGUGACGUGCGAGAACAGCUGGUAGGACUAAUGCAACGGGUAGAGAUAGAAAUGGUCUCCUCCGUAUCGGAAACGACCAAUAUUCGGAAAGCGAUAACAGCUGGCUACUUUUACCACGUGGCACGCCUUUCCAAGGGCGGCAACUACAAAACGGUCAAACACAAUCAGGACGUUAUGAUUCAUCCCAACUCGGCACUGUUUGAAGAUUUGCCACGAUGGUUGCUCUACCACGAGCUAGUUUUCACAACGAAAGAGUUUAUGCGCUCAGUCAUCGAUAUUGAGAGCAAGUGGUUGCUGGAGGUUGCACCGCACUACUACAAACCGAAGGAGCUGGAAGAUUCGACCAACAAAAAGAUGCCAAAAACCGUUGGUCGUUCGGCACCGACAGAAAAAUAA